AAUUGCGACUGCAGUGCAUCACAUUUUCUCAUUUCGUCCAUGAGGGAUUGAGCUCUACACGGGUUUGAUGGAUUGACCAGGUAGGUAAAGGGACAUGAAGUGCGGGCAUAGAUUUUCUAAUUACGUUACUGUCACAGGAUCAUUUUUAAAGCCUCAUUAGAUGAUGCGUAACACACAUGAUGGAUUCAUAAUAAUGGUGAUGAAGCCAUCUUUUCAUGUCAAGAUCCUACUGGCAACUCCACGAGAACACCAUGCAUCCAGCCGCACCAAAUCAUUCUUAUCGAAAUCUUGGCUUCGCUUCAAACUUCAUCUCUAUACUCAAACCACUUUCAGAUACAACAAAUAAUGAAAUAUACGUGUCCGAAAAAAUACAUGCAAACCUUGCAUGUUAGGACACCCGACCCCACCCUUCAACACGUACCCCUCUUCCUCGCCUAUAUAAUCACCCACCGAAAUCAGAAAACUGCAUUCAAUUCAUAUAUAGCUUCUCUAAUAUUUUGAAAAUUCAAGAGAGUUUGCAAAUGGCUGAGCAGUAUCAGCAACAACAUUAUGGGCAACAGCAGAAGGGUCAGCAGCAGCAACAGAAGCAGCCGGUGUCCCACCAGGUGGUGAAAGCGGCGACAGGCGCCACAGCCGGCGGUUCCCUCCUGGUUCUCUCCGGUUUGACCCUUGCCGGAACUGUGAUAGCUCUCAGUCUGGCCACUCCCUUGCUGGUCAUUUUCAGCCCAGUUCUGGUGCCUGCUGCAAUAACAAUUUUCAUGCUGGGUUCCGGUUUUUUGGCUUCGGGAGGCUUCACAGUGGCAGGCGUAGGAGUUUUAUCAUGGAUUUACAAGAUGGUGACUGGAAAACGACCAACUGCGGUGGAUCAGCUGGCGGCUAAGGCGCAGGAGAUGAAAGGCAAGGGGGAACACUAUGGGCAGGAACGCACCUCCGGUUCUCAAUCUUCUUAAGCUCUCUGUUUCUGUGCGUUUCCAUUUUCAUGGAGUCGUUCUGCAGUUAUGUUUGAUUUGGAGUUGUUUGUUAAAUUUAAGAGAUGAAGGUGCGUGAAUGGAGAAGUGAUCGUCUCUCUCUGUAUGGAUUUCUUGAAAUUUUGUAAUCAAGUAUCUGUGUUUUCCCUACAA